AUGAGUUAAAAGUCAGAAAAGACAAACUAUCAUUGCAAAGCACCAAGAUGAUCUUAAUCAGACAUAUCUGUGUACUUCUUCUCUCUCAACAGUAUCUGAUUCAAAGUGAGGAUGUUCACCAACAUAUUCCUUUGACCACAGCUGAACACGGUCGAACUGUAACACUGCAGUGUCUGAUAUCAGAAAAUUAUGCAUUGAUGUACUGGUACAAGCAAACCCUUGGACAUGUGCCCCAACCUUUAACUUUUAAAGUUCAAAAUCAACUAAAUUCAACUGUUUUGAAAAACCCUCUGCGUUUCUCUGCAGAAAUGGUGAAAAAUAAUUAUGUUUUAAAAAUAAAAAAUGUAACCAGUUCAGACGAGGGAAUAUACUUUUGUCAAACCGGAACUAUGUAUGGGAUACAUUUCAGAAACGGCACCUUUGUGACUGUGAGGGGUAACUUUCUUCAGAGAUCUCACAACCUGACAGUGUUGCAGCAGCCAGAGUCUAAGCCAGUCCAUCCAGGAGACUCUGUGACUCUGCAGUGUUCAGUCCUCUCUGAGUCCUGUACAGGACAACACAGUGUGUUCUGGUUCAGAGCCGGGGCAGGAGAAUCCCAUCCAGGACUCCUUUACACCCAAAGAGACAGGGGAGAAGAGUGUGAGAAGAGACCUGAGACUCCCUCUCCUACACGGAGCUGUGUCUACAGCCUCUCCAAGAACAACCUCAGCUCCUCUGAUUCUGGGACUUACUACUGUGCAGUGGCCACAUGUGGAGAGAUACUGUUUGGCAAUGGAACAAGACUGGAUGUUAAAGAACCAGCAGUGGAUCUCCUAGUUAUCAUCCUUGGGGUGUCUUUAGCUGUGUGUGUUGUGUUUAUCAUUAUCCUCAUCUGUACCAGAAAGACAAGGACAGUGUGUGAGAAAUGUAAAGAGAGAACUGCCUUUCACGGAUAUGAAAAGACAACUGCUGAAAAGUCAACUGUGCAGGAUGAAUAUGAAGAGAAAUUAACUGCAGCUCUGCGUUUCUUUGGAACGAGAGGUCAAACCGAUGAGAGCGAGACCACACAGAAUAUCUAUUCUACUGUGAGGUAUUCAGAAUGGAAAUGAAGUGAUCAAUGGCAAAUCAAUACGUAAAUGUUGUUAGGGUGGCGGUUAAGGUUAGCUCAUUGUGUUGUAUUAUAUUGACUCUGAUAUUGAGAAUAAUGUGUCAGAGUGAUUUUGAGUUGUAGAUAUUCAGUCUUCAUAUCAGAGUGUAGUAUGAGCAGCAAUGCUACUAGAACUGUGGUUACAAUGUGGUUAGCUCUCAACAAAUGUUUCUUUACAUGUUUUUGAAGGCUGUUUCUAUAAAUGUCUGUGAAAUGAUUGGUGUAGAGUUCUUUUUGGAGCUGUGAUUUUAAUAGUGUAACAGACAUCAUCAUUUAAUCUCAAUAUGGUUAUUUUUUAUUGUAAUUGUGUUAUCUUGAUUAACUUCCUGGUUGUGGUUGUCAUGAUGAUGAAGUAAAAAAUUAGCAUAGGCUACAAGCGCUGUUGCCAUACAGCACCAAGAAAUAAACAAGUUUGAUAUUUUAAAACACUGACUGAAACCUGCUUCCACACCUCACCUCUUUUCAGUCAUGAGCUUUUCCCUUUAUAGAGCUGCCAGGUCUAAAGUAAAGGCCUGUGUUAUACUGAUAUUUUGACAGAAAUUUUACAUUUGGUUUAUGAUCUUUGCAAGGCGACUGUACCUGUCUGAAUCCAAGCAAAUAUAGUUGACCAAG